GAGGAGGUUACAAAGAUGUAUUGAGAAUACUAUUUUUAUUUUCGAAUAUCGUGAAUGCCAGAGACAAAUGGCUGGAUCUGGCAACUGAGCAUCGGGAUUACUGACAGGUUGUGAAAAAUUUCUUAUGUCAUGUGCCAUUUGUCAAGUUCAAGCCGACUUUAUUAUAAACAAAUAAUAUUGGUUUUAUAAAUAACAAGAAUUUCAAAUACAUUCCAGAAACCAAGUAUUUUCAAAAAUGGCCCAUUCAGGGGUUGUCCCUGGGGGAAAACGUAAAGAAAUUUACAAAUAUAUAGCCCCAUGGCCUCUUUAUAGUAUGAACUGGUCUGUACGACCUGACAAAAGGUUUCGGCUGGCUCUUGGAAGUUUUGUAGAAGAGUAUAACAACAAAGUUCAAGUAGUUUCAUUAGAUGAAGACAGUAGCGAGUUUUCUGCAAAAAGCACCUUUGAUCAUCCAUAUCCAACCACUAAAAUCAUGUGGAUACCCGACAGUAAAGGAAUUUUUCCUGAUCUCUUGGCAACUAGUGGAGAUUAUUUGAGGGUUUGGAGAGCAGGAGAGCCAGACACAAGACUAGAGUGUGUCUUAAACAAUAAUAAAAAUUCCGAUUUUUGUGCACCAUUAACUAGUUUCGAUUGGAAUGAAGUAGAUCCAAACUUAGUUGGUACAUCUUCCAUUGACACAACUUGUACUAUUUGGGGACUUGAAACUGGCCAAGUAAUGGGUAGAGUGAACCUAGUGUCAGGCCAUGUAAAAACCCAGCUUAUAGCCCACGAUAAAGAAGUUUAUGACAUUGCAUUUUCACGAGCAGGAGGUGGAAGAGAUAUGUUUGCUUCCGUAGGCGCUGAUGGAUCGGUUAGAAUGUUUGAUCUAAGACAUUUGGAACACUCAACUAUAAUAUAUGAAGAUCACACGCAUACACCUUUAUUGAGGCUUGCUUGGAACAAACAAGAUCCCAACUAUUUAGCUACCAUAGCAAUGGAUGCUUGUGAGGUAAUUAUUCUUGACGUAAGAGUACCAUGCACUCCCGUAGCUCGUCUCAAUAACCACCGCGCUUGCGUGAAUGGAAUUGCCUGGGCACCUCACUCUAGCUGUCAUAUAUGCACAGCAGGAGACGACCACCAAGCCCUUAUCUGGGAUAUUCAACAAAUGCCUCGAGCUAUCGAGGAUCCGAUUUUAGCGUAUACGGCGGCAGAAGGUGAAGUGAAUCAGAUCCAAUGGGGAGCGACGCAACCUGAUUGGAUCGCCAUAUGCUAUAACAAAAGUUUGGAGAUAUUGAGGGUGUUAUAAUAUGAGGUAAAUUUUUUUACAAGUGAGUACCAGGUAUAUUUCAAAAUGAUCCACUCCAUUUUUUAUAUAGAAAAUGACGAUAUUUAUUUAAUAAUUUCAUUUUACAUUCGAAAAUUAUUUUAUUGUACAGAAAAUAUGUUUAGGGAUUUAAUAUCAUUUAAUAAUAUUAGGAAAAUAUAAGUUUUUGUACAGCCCA